AAAAUAUAAUUAAAAAUGGAUAAUUAAAGAGGUAUUUAAUAUUAUUUAGGUUUAGAUAAGUAAUAAAAAGUAGAAUGUUCACCAAUAUCUGAAUAAAAUGACUAUUAAGAUACAACAUAGAAGCGUGAUUUCCCAGAAUUACAUUAAUUGGUUAGAGAAAAAGAAGAAUUGAUCAAAUGGUUGCUUAAUCAUUUAUAAGUUGCUUAAAAUUUAUGCAAUCAGAUUGCAUAAAUCAAAGUAAAAUAAUUAUUCAAUAUUUUAGAACUUAGACUCAAACAAUAAUUUUUAGAAAUUAAAGCGCAUUAUUGAUGAAUCAUUAAAAGAGGCAAAAUGUUCAGGGUAUUCUAAAGAGACCAGUGUUAAUCCUUUUGAUUCUCCUGCUAAAUUUAAUUAUAAUUAAGAGAAUAUUCAUUUAGAGAAUUCAUAUAAAAGUUAAAAACAGUUUGAUAUUUCAAAUGUGGGUGUUGAAAAAUAUGAAAGAGAAAAUACAAGCUAAAAAUAAAUCGAUGAAAUUCUUUUAAUAAAGGGUAACCUAAAAAAAUUAUUUUAGGUAAUAUUAAAGCAAAUUAAGAAAGUUCAUAAUAAUAAGAAUUUGAUUAACCGCAAAAUUAAUAAUAAUUUAGUGAUUCACCUGAAAAUGAAUUUUCUUCAGGAUAUUUUAUCAAUUCUUCAAAAGAGCAAAAGGUUAAGUAACAAUUUUGUAUUUUAAGAAAAAAUACAAAUGAAUUAUAAAAAGAACAUCAAAUAUUAAAGUAAGAUAUUAAAAGUCUUAAAUUAACUUAAAAAUAAUUCAAUUAACAAGAGGUCAAACAACUUUAAUUUUAAUUUUAAAAAUACUUAGCUUUCUAAAUUAAUUAGAAAAUCAAACAAAAAAUUACUUAAAAAUUACAAACAGUUUACUUAGGAAUGAAAGAAUAGUUCUCAACUCUUUAAUAAAUGAUAAAUUUUUAAAAUUAAGAAUUAAGAAAAAAAAUAUAAAUAUUACAAACAGAAUUUAAAGAAAAACUAAAAGAAAUCAUUGCUAAUUAAAAUUAAUCUAAUUUAAUGAAAAUACAGACAUUAUCAUAUAAUUUAUCAGAAAUAAACAAGCAAAAUGAAGAAUUGUAAAAGAAAAUUUAAUUAUAUUAAUUUGAUGAUUAAAAAGUUUACUCUUUAUUGAAAAGAUUCGAAUAAAAUUAAGAUUAAGUUUCUUAAAAUGGUAAUUAAGCAUUUUAAAAAAUAUCAAUGGUAGAGGAGCUAAAUUUAUAAGUAACUUAGAUAAAAAAAGCUGUUAUGAAAGAUUUUGAGAAUUAAAUUAAAAAUUAAGAGUAAGUAAUAUAAAGAUAAGAAAUGAUUAUUACAAAUUUAGAAAGUGAGAAAAAAUAAUUAAAAGAGUAAUUAAUAUAAAAUAAUUCUUGCGAUAUUCUAAAUGAGACUUUAAAAAAACUUUAAGAAUAGGAAACAAAGAAUUUUCAAUUAUCAUCUUAAAUUUACGAUAAAGCAGACUAAAUUACUCAAUUAAAAGUUGAAAUAUAAAGUUUAAACAAAUAUAUUUCCAGAAAAUAAGAUGAAUUCACAAAUUAAUUAACUUUGGAACAUGAAAAUAUAACUAAAUAGCAUUUAGAAGGAUGUUUUAAUUUAUAAUAAUAAUCUAUACUUUUUAGUUUUUUAGGUCUAUAAAUAUUUCGAUAAUACAUUAUAUCGGAAAACUCUGAACAAAUUUAAAUUAAUAAAACGAUGGAAAAAUUAAAUAAAUUUAAUUUAUUAUGCUAAUAAAAAGAGAAUUAAAAAUUAUAAGAAAUUAAUAAAAUAAAUGAACUCUACAUAAAUUAAUAAAACUAAUUAAAGGAAAUUUAUGAUGAAACUCUAUUACAAUUCAAAUAAUUAUUAAGUAAUAUAAAAGAUAGAAGAAUGAAAGCCCAAUGA